AUGUUACUAACAUCUUUCUCGCCAUAAAGAAAUUAUUCACAAUUAGAUCGUUCUUUUAUUUCUCCUUCUAAAAUAAGACUUGGAUAAUUAAAUGAAAGAUUAUCAAAUAUACAACUUCAAUUUGAUGAAUCAAAUAUAAUUAAAAAAGAAGUUUAUGAAGGAAAAAUAAAAACUUUAAAGGAUAAAAUUACCAAAAAUGUUAAUGAAGACGAAUAAAAAUUUAAAUACUUAUAAGAAUAAAUAUUAAAAAUAUAAGACGGUUUAAAUUCAGAAAAAGUAGAAAAAGAUACUGUAAUUGAAAAAAGGUUAAAAGAUUUUAAAGAUAUUGAAUAAAAGAUAAAUUCAGAAAUCAGCAAGGAAAAACAAUUAAAAAAAGAUUCUGAACAAAAAAUUUUAAAAUCUGUAGAUGAAAGAAUUUAUUAGAUGAGAGUAGAUUUAGGAAAAGAUAAAAGACUUAGAGAAGAAUUCGAAGAAAGAACUUAAUAAGAAGUUGGAGAUGAAAUACUAUAGCUUUAAGACGAAAUCGAAUAGGAAAGAAAAAUAAGAGAAGAUGGAAAUUAAUAAUUAAUUAAUAAACUUGGUGAUGAAAUUUCAAGAUUUUAAGAGAUUUUAUUAACUGAAAAAAAAUAAAGAGAAGAAACAUAAAAUAUGAUGUUUAAAAUGUUAGAAGAUAUAAAUAAUAAGCUUUAAUAAGAUUUGAAUAAUGAAAAAAAUGCUAGAGAAAACAUAGAAGAAACCAUUUUAAAAUUAUUAGAAGAAACCUGUACAAGAGUUGAGAAUAUUAUUAAAUUAAAUUGA